AUGGCUGAAACAAAGUCCUUAUUUGACGGAUUGUUGAAAAAUAUCGAAUUUGCUUUCACUUGGACUGGAUUAUCACUUGAAAGUAGAAAACGUAGUUCCAUAGACACUAUAAGAUGUAGAUUCGUUUUUAUUUUCAAUUUCAUUUGGCUCAAUAGCGAUAUUGUAGGCGCUGUUAGUUGGUUCAUUGAAGGCAUUGAAAAUGGGAAGACUAUAACUGAACUAACCUAUUUGUUUCCAUGCACAACUUUAAGUUUUCUUGCCAGCAUGAAGUCUGUUUAUCAUAUUAAGAAAGAAGAUUUAGUCAAUCAGAUAGUUGAAGACAUGAGAACACUAGAAGAAAAAGGAAGGGAUAAAAUAAAUGACAAAAUAGAAGUAAUUAUAAAUAAAGAAGUAAAGUUUCUGAAAUUUGUAACAACACUAUUAAAUACUUUGAAUGUUAUGAUGGUAGCAGUGUUUACAUCAAGCCCCUUGAUAUUGAUUACAAUAAAAUAUGUGAAGACUGGCACGUUGGAGUUAAUGCUGCCAUUUCUGGAUGUAUACCCAUUUGACCCAUAUGAUAUGAGAUUAUAUCCGUUUUUGUACAUAAAGCAGAUAUGGUCAGAAUGUGUGGUCCUUCUAGAAAUCUGCGCGACGGAUUAUUUCUUCUACACUUGCUGUACAUACAUCCGUGUACAAUUUCUUCUAUUACAACAAGACAUCGAAGAAUUGAUCCCUUGUAAAAGAAUUUCUGUUGGCGUGAUAAAGUAUGAUGAAGAUGUUAGACGCAAGUUCUUAGAUCUUGUAAUAUGGCACCAACAACUAAUAAGCUCAGCAGAAAUGCUGGAGGUCAUUUACGCUAAGUCCACCCUGAUGAACUUCCUCAUCAGCUCGAUUAUCAUCUGCCUUACAGGAUUCAACGUUACGACUAUUACGGACAUAGCGUUCAUUGUCAUAUUCAUGACUUUUCUCUUCAUGGGCCUUCUGCAAGUAUUCUUCUUCUGCUAUUUUGGCGACCUGUUGAUGAGAUCAAGUAUGGAACUCAAUGACUCCAUUUACAAUUGUCGAUGGUAUUUAAUGGAUUCCUCUUUUGGGAAAGAUCUACAGUUUAUGCAGAAGAGGUCACAAAAGCCAUGCAAACUGACCGCUUGGGGAUUCGCGGACGUCAAUCUAAGAGCAUUCAUGAGGGUACUAAGCAGCUCCUGGUCUUACUUUGCCCUUCUGAAGACCGUCUACAGCGCGCAGCGAAGUUAG